UAACUUUUUUCCUUGUAUUUUUUAUUUCUAUAUUUUAAUUUAUUUUGGUGGUUUGAUCCGUUUUUGUCACUUCAGUCAGUAUAGCAGCAUCCAUGGCAGCAGUAGGGAGCUCAACUGUUACACAUAAUCUUCCCAAACGGAAAUUCGGGUUAUCAAUCUUCCUUGAUAGUAAUAAUCAUGCCACCAGUUUCAUCCCCAUUGACAACUCCAAAAAGCCCUCCAAAAUGCGAAGAUUCGACACCCGUAUCCAAAUGGUCAAUGCCAAUUCUUCCCAGAAGCCCUCUGCCACUAAUAAUAAUAAUAGCUACAAUAAUGGUAGAAUUUACAAAAGGUUUGAUUCUUGUUUGAUUGUUCCUCCACCAAAAGGGAUAAAACCUAAAGCCAUCAUCAAAUUUAUAGGGGGCGCUUUUAUUGGAGCUGUCCCUGAACUUUCUUACAGAUAUUUGCUUGAGCAACUAGCAAAGGAAGGAUAUUUCAUUGUAUCUGUGCCUUACAAUGUGACGUUUGAUCAUGAAAAAGCCACCAGGGAAGUUUUUGAAAGGUUUCAUACUUGUUUUGAUCUGAUUUUAGGAUCUGAUUUUCCGGAGUUUGGCGUUCCCCCUUUGGAUCUUGCGAAUCUUCCUCUUUACUCAGUUGGCCAUAGCAAUGGUGCACUUCUUCAAGCACUUACUGGGAGUUACUUCUCUGAGAAGAUUCCAGAGGCAACUGCAAUAAUUUCCUACAACAAUAGGCCAGCAUCGGAGGCAGUGCCAUACUUUGAACAGUUGGGACCUCUUGUCAGCCAAAUGAUUCCUUUAAUGGAAGCAUCUCCAGUCUACUCAUUGGCCCGGAAUACCUCAGAAAAUGCGUGGAAAUUGCUACUCGACACUGCUGGUACAGUUAUCCCUAACUAUGAUGCGGAAGUGGCAGUUUCAGUGAACAAGUUUGUCGAUCAGUUGCCCUCAGUUUUUAACCAGCUUGCUGAAGGGAUUUCAGAGUUCAAGCCAACACCAUCUCAGAAUCUCAGCUGUUUCCAGAAGUCUUACAAUGUUCAGAAUACAUUACUGGUGAAGUUCAAUAAUGAUGCAAUCGAUGAGACAGAUCUCCUUGAAGAGACUCUAAGGCCUAGGGUGGAAUAUAUAGGUGGAAAACUACAGAAAGUUGUAUUAAAUGGAACUCACAUAACACCAUGCAUACAGGAACCAAGAUGGGAAGUGGGAGAUGUAUACACACCUGUAGAUGCUGUUGCUCAAAGUCUCAAGGCUAUUUCAUUACAUGAAACUAGAGUCCUCAGUAGAACAAUUGCAGAUUGGUUUGAUCGUCUAGGCGCAUAAAAAUAUGACAAGCAGCUAAAUUCACGUUAUCAGAUGCACAUCCUAUCUGAUGUUAGUCAUCCCUGCUUUUUGAACUUCAUAUAGUAGAAUUUGUCAGAACGUGAAGAUUAACAUUUACUGCUUUAAAUCACACAUAAAACUCGAACGUGUAUUUUGUACAGGAAAAAAGAAAAAAAAGAGUCAAAUAUAAAAACCUUCCAGUCUGUCCAUUGACUAUAAUUGUACAUUCUUGGCCUCCAUUUUCUCCAUUCUUACAGAACCUAGUCUCCUUCCCCUUGUAAAAUAGUCUCAUUUCAGAGCAGCAAGAGGAUAGUCAGAAGCAUGUGGACUUUCAAUUUUGGAAAUGCAUAGAAUUCAUUAAUAAUAACCUCCCUCUUAUGGUGUUUCCCUCCGGAACGGGAGGGCUAUGUAUAUGGUAAAUGGUGGGGUUCAUACUUGUAACAUCUCAAUUGCAUGCGCUUUCUCUUUCAUGCAGCAUUUUGGCUGUAGAUUUUUUUAUUCUUCCAUUUUCUCUGGGUUUACAAUAUUUUUCAGUUCUUCCUUCUUUCUUUCUUUAUUUAUUUUUUGGCUCCAAACAGUGCAAGGUUUGUUUGCAAAUAGGACAGCAAAAUGUUCACAAAGAGAACCUAAAUUAAGUGUUUUAAAAUUGUUU